AUGUCAUCAUUAGCAUCUAAGGAUUAUGAUCUGCAUGGAAGAACAGACUCAUAUCGUGUUGCUACAGUUCCAUCUCAGUUUGAUGAUAAUAAAACAGUAGAUGGAAAACCAAAAACAAGAAGAAAAGCACCAUCGUCGAUUAGUACCAAGUAUAGUCACGCUGAAAACUUAGAUGAACUGAAACAAGAUCCAUAUUUGGACUAUCAUAAAGUACCAUUAGAUGAACUGUACCAACGAUUUGGAACACAUCCUGGAACUGGGUUAACUCAUGCAAAAGCUCGCGAAAAUUUAGAAAGAGAUGGACCUAAUACUCUGACACCGCCAAUUACAACUCCUGAAUGGAUAAAAUUUGCAAAACAGAUUUUUGGUGGAUUUUCAGUAUUAUUAUGGUGUGGAGCACUUCUGUGUUUCCUAGCCCAUACUGCAGAAACUAGUACCACAGAAGAUCCAAAUGACGAUUAUUUUUACUUGGGAGUAGUAUUAGUUGCUGUUGUCAUCAUCACAGGAAUCUUCUCCUAUUAUCAACAAGCUAAAUCUUCUGCAAUUGUGGAUUCAUUUAGGAAUUUAGUUCCUCAGUUUGCAGUAGUUAUACGUCAAGGUGAAUCAUUAACAUUACGAGCUGAAGAUCUUACUCUUGGUGACAUUGUUGAGCUUAAGUUUGGAGACCGUAUCCCAGCUGACUUAAGAAUUAUUGAGAGUCAUUCAUUUAAAGUUGAUAAUUCAUCACUGACUGGUGAAUCUGAACCUCAAAGUCGCACUCCAGAAUUUACUCAUGACGAUCCUUUGGAAACUAAAAAUUUUGCAUUUUCUUCCACUCAUGCUGUUGAAGGAACUGCUAAGGGUGUAGUUAUUGCAUGUGGAGAUAAUACUGUUAUGGGAAGAAUUGCCGGAUUAGCUUCAAGUUUAGACAGUCGACCAACACCAAUUGCAAGGGAAAUAAUUCGUUUUGUGAAUUUUGUUAAUAUUACGGCUAUAAUUAUUGGAAUAUUACUAUUCAUUAUUGCAUUGAUGAUGGGUUGUUAUUGGUUAGAUGCCAUUAUUUUUAUGAUAGGUUUUUUAGUUGCAGCUGUUCCAGAAGGUUUGUUAGCCACUGUAACUGUUUGUUUAACAUUAACUGCCAAACGAAUGGCAUCUAAAAACUGUCUUGUAAAGAAUUUGGAAGCAGUAGAGACACUAGGCUCAACUUCAACAAUUUGUUCUGAUAAGACUGGAACAUUAACUCAAAAUCGUAUGACUGUUGCUCACAUGUGGUUUGAUAAUCAAAUUAUUGAAGCAGACACUACUGAGGAUCAGUCUGGUGUGCAAUAUGAUAGAUCCAGUCCUGGGUUUAGAGCUUUGGCUAGAAUUGCCACACUUUGUAAUCGAGCUGAAUUUAAAGCAGGACAAGAUGGUGUACCUACUCUAAAAAAGGAAGUAAAUGGGGAUGCUUCAGAAUCGGCUUUGUUGAAGUGUAUGACACUUGCUCUUGGUGAUGUAAUGUCCAUCAGAAGGCGUAACCGUAAGGUUUGCGAGAUACCUUUUAAUUCAACAAAUAAAUAUCAGGUUUCAAUUCAUGAGACUGAAGAUCCUUCAGAUUCUCGAUAUUCUCGAUAUUUAUUAGUUAUGAAAGGAGCUCCUGAACGUGUCCUUGAUCGUUGCUCUACCAUAUUUAUUGGGGGAAAAGAAAAAGUUCUCGAUGAAGAAAUGCGUGAAGCAUUUAAUAACGCAUACUUAGAAUUAGGUGGUCUUGGCGAGCGUGUCCUAGGUUUUUGUGAUAUGUUAUUAUCACCAGACCGUUUUCCAAAAAAUUUCCAGUUUGAUGUCGAUGAACCUAAUUUCCCAUUAAGUGGUAUGCGAUUUGUUGGGUUGAUGUCUAUGAUAGAUCCACCAAGAGCAGCGGUUCCAGAUGCUGUGGCUAAAUGCCGUUCAGCUGGUAUAAAAGUGAUUAUGGUUACUGGAGAUCAUCCUAUUACUGCUAAGGCAAUCGCAAAAUCUGUUGGAAUUAUAUCUGAAGGAAAUGAAACAGUUGAAGACAUCUCUCAGAGAUUAAAUAUUCCUAUAUCUGAAGUAAAUCCAAGAGAUGCUAAUGCAGCUGUCGUGCAUGGUUCUGAACUAUUGGAUUUGCCUCCAGAGGUUUUGGAUGAAAUAUUAAGAUACCAUAAAGAAAUUGUAUUUGCAAGAACUUCCCCUCAACAAAAAUUAAUUAUUGUUGAAGGUUGUCAAAGAAUUGGAGGAGUUGUUGCUGUAACUGGAGAUGGUGUUAAUGAUUCACCUGCACUUAAAAAAGCAGAUAUUGGUGUUGCGAUGGGUAUUUCUGGAUCAGAUGUUUCAAAAGAAGCAGCUGACAUGAUUCUUUUAGAUGAUAAUUUUGCUAGUAUUGUUACUGGCAUAGAAGAAGGACGUUUAGUGUUUGAUAAUUUAAAAAAAUCUAUUACUUAUACUCUCUCAUCUAAUGUCCCUCAAUUACUGCCGUUCAUUGCUUUUAUCAUGCUAAGCAUACCAUUGCCUAUUGGUGCUAUUGCUAUAUUAUGCAUUGAUCUUGGUACAGAUAUGGUUCCAGCCAUUUCAUUGGGUUAUGAGCAUCCAGAAUCAGAUAUAAUGAAGCGCCCUCCUAGAAAUCUAAUUAGAGAUAAACUUGUGAAUAACAGAUUAAUAUCUGUGGCAUUUGGUCAAUUGGGUGUUAUUGAGGCAUUUGCUGGUUUUUUCACUUAUUUUGUAAUUAUGGCUGAAAAUGGAUUUAUGCCAUAUAAAUUAAUUGGAAUACGCCGUGAAUGGGACUCUAGAGCAGUUAAUGAUUUACCAGAUUCAUAUAAUCAAGAAUGGACAUAUCAAGACCGCAAGUCCUUAGAGUAUACGUGCCAUACAGGCUUUUUCAUAGCCAUUGUAGUAGUACAAUGGGCAAAUCUUAUUAUAUGUAAGACGAGGAGAAACUCAAUUGCACAUCAAGGAAUGAGAAAUAUGGCUCUGAACUUCAGUUUAAUAUUUGAGACUGUCUUAGCAUUGUUCUUGUGUUAUUUACCUGGAAUGGAUGAAGCUUUACGCAUGUAUCCAUUGAAAUGGACUUGGUGGAUUCCUCCAAUACCAUUCAUGCUAGCUUUAUUUAUUUAUGACGAAGUAAGAAAAUUUUACAUAAGACGAAAUCCGGGUGGAUGGUUAGAAAAAGAAACAUAUUAUUAA